AUGACUGUAAGUAAAGAAGAACGGCAACCAGUUGUUGAAUAUUACAGAGAAAAUAGUGUACAAUAUUUACUAUUUUCCCAACGAGUUACUUGGGACGAAGCCCGGAUGAUUUGUAAGAGUUAUUUUUCGAGAUUAGCGAUACUUGACACCAUGGAAAAAGCUGUUGCUGUUGGGCGGUUAUUGGCAGAUUCGAACAUAGAAAUGGAAGACACUUGGCUGGGAGCCAAAAGAAUAGACUUCGUAUGGUACUGGAUGGACAGAGAUGCGGGACCGUGGAAAAAUGUAUUACCGACGGAAUCUAAUGUAGAAAAUUUCCCACCCUGGAGUCGAGAACCCGUUCGACCCACAAAAGAAUGUCUUGCUAUUGACCGCCAACACCAUCAGCAUCCGAAUUUUAUCGACCUUGACUGUCGGCUUCAACGACCGUUCAUUUGCCAAAAAAAGGACAGCGAAAUAAACAGCCCGAUUCCUUCAAAAUGGGUACAAAUUAAUAGAAACACGUUUACGUUGUACCAUGGAAAAGUCACGUGGCAAGAGGCUGCGAUUUAUUGCAGAACACAAGGUUCCAGAUUGGCAGUUAUUAAAAAUUUAAUUGUAACUCAUAUUCUUUCUAACAGUAUGACCAAAACUCGCCCAGAUUUUGAAAGUGUGUGGAUAGGAGCGUAUUUUAAUGACGGCAAUUGGAUUUGGUUAUCAACCGGUUCAAUUUUAAACUCGCUAACCGACGAGAGUGGAUACCCACCCUGGAGAUACGGUCGUCCUGAGGCGAACAGCGGGUGUCUGCUUCUCGACCGGCACAUGGAAAAAAAUUCAACAUUUCUUGAAGUUUCGUGCGAUCACAAGCGCAAUACCGACGAUGAGGAAAACGACUGGUGGGACGACCCGAUCAAGUUUUCAUACGACAAUAACACAUACGUAAUAUAUCCACUUGAGAAAACCUGGAACGAAAGUGCUUCUCAUUGCAUUUCUUCAGGAAGCGUACUAGCUCAGGUGAACAAUAUUAACACAGUAAACAUGAUAAUUGAAGCGAUGGGCGACCAUCCCCGUGAACUAUCCCACGUUUGGCUGGGAGGUUACUAUAAUCCGAAAACCGACGAGUGGGUCUGGACUUCCAGUCACAAAAAAAUUCCUAGAGAUAAAGAUGAAAGUGGAUUUCCUCCUUGGACAAACAUCGAAGGUGACGAUGGAAUUGUUUCUCAACCUUCCUCCACUUGUCUUAAUUUAGACCGUGCUGAUCAUGUGAAGUCGCACUUCUAUGGCUUGGAUUGCGAUAGCAAGCAACCAUUUGUUUGCAAAACUACUUGUGAUAUUCCGCCGAUAAUUUCCAACGGAACCUGGAACUGCAUCAACAUAAUAAAUGGCCGGGAGUGCAGCUUAAGGUGCACCAAAAACUUGAUGAUAAAUGGAAUCAAUACCAUCACCUGUACCUUGAACAACGGAUGGAUCGCGGGUGAAAAUCUGAUGGAGUUUCCCAUUUGCUCUAAUACAUCCGACUACACUCGGCGCAUCAUACACUCCCUUGGUGAAGAUAUUCGAAGAAGUUCGGCUUACUAUCUUCUGAUGGACCAUUCCGCGCAGAAUAUCAAAUCGUCGGCUCUGAAGUUUGCUCAGAAUAUUCUAAAGGCUUUUCCGGCGUCAAAUCAAUUGAGAACGGGAAUGACGAGUUACAUCACUGAUCCACCUGUUUUUAUACCUUUUAAUCAGACCAACAAUUGUUUGUUAGUAUCUGCGUUGAAGUACUUACAGAAUAGUACCGUAAAAAAUAUAACUGUGGUGGCUAAUAUUACGCGAAUCAAUAAGGAUAUUUCAACUUACAAUGGGCGCAAAAUAACAAUAAUCGCUGUGAUUGAUUUCGAUCGCGGAUCACACUACAUAGACAUUCUGAUGCAUUUCAAGGCAAUAGGUCAUCAGAUCGCCAUUAUCGGAUUAAGAGAGCACUUGAAAAUAUUGCUACCACUCGCGACAAUUGGGUUUGACCACCGCGCGAAUUUGUUCUUAUUUCAGGAUAAUGAGUUUGAAAUGAUUGUCAAUGAAUUGCAAAAACAAAAAAAGAAACUUAAAUGCGCAGACUACCCGGUAAAUUCAAUCGCUAAUAAUUUCGUGGUGGUAGAAAAAACCAAUUCAGCAAAUCAACCGCCUAAAAAUCCAGAGUCAACCUUGAUUUCUACUUCUCCGAGUCAAGUUAAGGAACAAGUAUCAGCUACUGAAGAAAAUUCACAGACUUCGAUUACCGAAGAAACUACUACUGUUGAAAAUGAUUAUGAACAAGAAAGAUAA